AUGGCCACCAACGUCCCCGUUACCCUCGACACGCUCAUCACCAUCAAGAUUGCCAUCCAGGGCAGCAACCGCAAGUUCAAGAUCCCCCUCCGCGACCUGGGCGCCCACGUCCUGCCCGACAAGCUACGCGCCCUCCUCGCCAUCCCCGCUGGCCAAGACGUCGUCUUCGAGCGCUACUCCGACAGUGCCGGCGCCUACAUCACCCUCGACUCGGACAACGCCCAGGUCUACAAGACGCUGUUCCGCGCCGCCAAAGCGAAGCUCAAGCUGCGUCUGAGGGCCAUCAUCGUCUCCCACGACGCCGAGCCGUCCGCCUCUGCACCCGCCCCAGCUCCAGUGCCUGCCGCCCAGGCCCCAUCCUCCCGCUACAGCCUCGACGCCCCCUCCUUCACCACUCCGCCCGUUGUGCCUGCACUGAGCCCGCCGACCAUCGCCCGCUCGUGUGUCCCGCCGCGUCCCGGCGGAGCCUACAACUACAGCCGUAUGGCAGCUUUCAACAAGGCCAUGAGCGAGAUGAACCAGCUCGCGACCCCACAGCAGCCUGCUGUCGAUGAGGUCGAUGCAGAGGGCGAAGCUCCCGUCCCCCGCGCAUUUACCGCUCGCGAGAACUUCUUCACCAACCUCAACGACAUGCCGCGUGCCGCCGAUCUUGCGUUCCGCAUGAAGGACGCCACCCCUCCGCCACCGCCAUCAAACGCCUGCUCCUGGGUUGUCUACUGCAACAACUGCGAUAACCCAAUGGCGAACGAGCAUUUCCAUUGCAGCAUCUGCGAUCGCGGAGACUACGAUCUUUGCGCGUCUUGCGUCGAUGCCGGCAUCCACUGCCCGGGGGCCGGCCACUGGAUGGUGAAGCGCUUUGUGAAGAACGGCACUGUUGUCAACAGCACCACCGAGCGUAUUGGACCCAAGGCCAAAGUUGAGCCCGAGAACGACAUGCCCGGUGCGUUUACCGAGGAGAAGAAGCCCGAGAUCGAGGAGCAGGACCUGCCUACCCGAACUUGCAACUGUUGCGUUAAGGGUAAGAUUAGUCUGACUCAUUUAUUCCCUGAGAAUGAGUUCGUCACUUGCACCUCUUGUGAAGAUUUCGAUCUCUGCAUGGACUGCCAUGUGAGCACGAAGCAUGGCCAUCACCCUGGCCAUGCCUUCAAGGCUGCGACUCCAGAUACCAGCCUCACGGCUCUUGCUGACUUCCUUUGCUCCGAGGGCCGCAAUGUUCGACAUGCAGCUGUCUGCGAUGGCUGCGAGAAGUUCAUCUACGGCGUCCGCCACAAGUGCCUCAACUGCCCCGACUGGGACUACUGCUCCACUUGCAUCGAGAGUGCCAAGUUCAUCCACCCCCAGCAUCGCUUCGUCCCAAUCUACGAACCCCUGCCCGAGCCCCGCGCCUCUAUCGUCCGACACUACGGCAUCUACUGUGAUGGACCCCUCUGCAAGGACAAGGAGAGCCAGUCUCACAUUGAGGGUGUUAGGUACAAGUGCGCAGUUUGCCACGACACCGACUUCUGUGCCAACUGCGAGGCCAUCCCUGCGAACCGCCACAACCGCACCCAUCCCCUCAUCAAGUUCAAGACUCCUGUCCGCAACGUCAGCGUGACUACCAUGGGAGAAGACAGGAACGGUUCCCCCAUGACCACCAUGGGUGACCUCCCCGCUAGGCGAUCCACCGCGACGGAGACAGUCCCGGUUGCCCCGUCUGCUAACGCUGCCACCCAGGUGCAAACCAUCGUUGAUAUGAAGCCUGUCGAGGCCCGCCAGUCGAAGCCGAAGAUCGAGAUCAAGGAUCUCCUCGCCAAGCCCAUCCAGGAGAAGAUCCGAGUUCAAAACCUUCUCUCCACUCCUCCCCCGGUCGCUAAGUCUGUCGAGGAGAAGGAGGCCCCGGCUCAGGUACCCAAGGUUGAGAGCUCUGUCAGUGAACUGGCUGCUUACUUCGUUCGUGAUACUAUGCAGGACGGCACCAAGGUUGCUCCAGGGUCUCGCUUCAUUCAGGUCUGGACUCUUCGCAACCCCGGUCCUCGGUCUUGGCCCGCUGGCUGCAGUGUCCGCUACGUCGGCGGCGACAACAUGCUCAACGUUGACAACAGCCACCCAUCCAGCGACUCUGACCUCGCUGAGGCCACCGAGAGCAACGUCAUCGGACGUCCUGUCGAGAAGGGUGAGGAGAUCUCUUUUCGCGUUCUGAUGAAGGCACCUCAGCGUGAGAGCACCCACAUCUCUUACUGGCGCCUCAAGGCUCCGGAUGGAACACCUUUUGGCCACCGUCUCUGGUGCCACAUUGAUGUUUCAGAGGUCGCUACUACUCCUGCCAGCCCACCAACUUUCUCGCCUGCCACCCCCCCUCCGAUGAGCACUACCACCAAGUCAGAAUACGAGUUGCAGCUGUUCCUCCUCGAGCAGAACAACAAGAAGCGCUACGAGGCUACCCGAAAGGAGGCGUCGGUGAAGCCUGCCCCGAUGGACCCGAUUGCCGCCGAACGGCGACUGCUUAGGAAUCGUUUGGAAACUCUCCGCACAAGUGCUGAUCUCAAUGAGGUCACCAAGAUGAGCACGAACCAGCAGCAGGAGUACGGCAUGUCACUCAUGAUUCUGGAGUGGGAGAACAAGAUUAGGGCGUUGGUGCAAAGGUCCCAUGAGCUCGAGCAGGGUCUCGAGUCUGCGACUGAGGAAUCUGCGGAGAAGACGAUGCUUGAGCGGAAGCUGUUCUUUAUUCGUAGGGAGCUAGAAGCGCAUACUAUUACGCUCGCCGAUAGCCGGGAGAAGAUGGCUAGGUUCAAGGAUGAGUCGAAGGCGAAAAAGCAAGAGCAAGAGCAAGAACAGCAGCAGGACACCGUGUCCCCACCACAGGAGCCAACUCAGGAAUUGCGAUCCAAGGGCAGCGUCAUGAUCUUCCCCCAGCUCCCGAAAGAGUCGCCGGAGUCGAGCACGCACGAAGCUCAGGCCAAUAACGAGACUGAAGCUGAGGAGAAGGAGGCCGAGGAGGGCUCGGAAGAGGACUUCUUCGAGGAUGCCGAGAGCGUCGAGAUGCUGGAGGGUAGCAGCGACGAUGGCUUCUUGACGGAUGAGGAGUAUGAUAUCCUUGAUGCGAGCGAUGAGGAACAGGUCUAG